GGGCUGGCAGACAGAAAACGUACCGACAAAAUGUUUGUUUACCCUUCGAUCAGCUGAGAAGCUUGCUAAAGCUCCGCCAAUUCUUUUAACCAAUUAUCAGGCAGCAGAACACCUCUGGCUACAUUGGGGCACGGAGGCAAGAUAUGCCAAAUAUGUACGGCCCUAGCAGAUCACCAUACGGAGGUUAUGACGACUACUGGGGAGGCUAUGGCCGUCCUCCUCACCCACCCCCACCCCCUCCUCUUCCACCUCAUGACCCACCAAAUUUCCACCCCCCACCACCACCACCCCUACAUUACCGCCAAAUGAGGCCCUCUAGUUCACUUCGUCCUCCUCCACCCCCUCCCCCUCCAGCGAGACAUCCUCGCCCUCAGCAGCACCCUUACUCUCAUCAAGGGCGCCAAUAUUCACAAGAAAGAAAACAUCCUUCGUACCGUCCUCAUGCAGCUGACCAUUAUUCAGAGCAACACAGCUUCCGACCAAGACACAGUAAUGGUGGCAUUUCCCCGAGAAGACAGUUUGAGCAUGAUUUUUAUCCAGAGGAUUCAGAAAUAGAUACUCCUAUCAAUAACCAGUUGGAACCCAUUGUUGGCAGUCCUUUGGUUCCAAGGCGAAAAGAACCGGAACCACCACCACCUGUCUCGAAGCCAAUACCAAAUAACAAAAGACCUUUACCAGUCGAACUUGACCCGAGUCUUCCAGAGGAGCUUGUUGCUUUGCUUCACAAUAAUUGUUGUGAAUUGUGCGAUGUAAAGCUCAAUUCUCGCAUUCAGGCCAAAAAUCACUAUGAGGGAAAGCAACAUAAGAAAAAAAUGAAGAAUUUCAUAAUUGAAUUUCUUCGGAAGGAAAGUCAGCCAGCAGAAAAAAUACCCAAGAUAGAUUUAUCGACAUCUAAAAAGAAAGUGGAACCAUUAGAUGUUAGCCAACUGCACUGCAAGUGCUGUGAUUUAAGCUUUACUUCGGAACAACACGCACAGCAACAUUACAUGGGUCGAAAUCAUCAGCGUGUAUUACACGGGCUGAAGCCCUUGAAGGCUGGCUACUAUAAUAAAGAGACAGGAAAAUGGCAGAGAAUGCCUCCCGACCCCAGAGUGUCAGUGGAGAGAAUGGGCCUCAACCUGGAGCCUUCAUCUGAAGAUGAGGUGGGAGAAACUCCCGAAAAACCAGUCGACCUUGAUGCUGUGAAGGAGAGGGGAAGGUUUUUCUGUGAAUUGUGUAACGUGUCGGCGACCUCUCAAGACCAGCUGGAUGGUCACAUGACAGGUCAGCGGCACUUGAAGGCUUUAAGGCUCAAUGCGAAAAAAGCCACGUCUCCUUCAACAGGACCAUGAAGUUGGCUCGUAGACUCGUUGUCAAGAGGGCAAAAAAACAUUAACAGGUGUGCCGGCGGCUUGCCCCGGUGCCGUCUCUUACCACUGGCAUCACCUCCACAUUAUUUUUCUUGGUUUGUUUCAUUCAUUUCUAUUUGUUUAUUAUGAGUAACUCAACGUGCCAGUUGUUUCUUUGUAGGCACACAUAUAUUAUUGUAUUUUAAUUCUUUCAUUUUGUUCUUGAGGAAUUCAUGAUUAUUGUUAAGAGAAUUGUGUAAACGAUGACAACUCAGUCAGUUUUUAUAUUUUAGAAGUUAAAAAGGAGAGAGAUUUAUAUUAAAAAAUAUGAAUGGAAUACAGUAAUCAGAAGCCAACUAAAAAAUAACUGUGUAGGUUAAAAAUAGUAACAUAGAAAUAAAUAAGAACAAAUCAUUAAUUUUGAGAGAAGUCAAGUUAUAUUUAAGUAGUGAUUGCAUAUGAAUUGUCUUCUUUAAACUUUGCAGUAGUAGUUAGUCAAUAUUUUAAGAAAUAUAAAUUAUAAUCUCUUUUAUAUGUGUGUGUUAAUAGGAAAACAAAUGUUUUAAUUUGUCAAAUUAGGCUUAAGUGCCAUAAUUUUUAUAACCUGCCAUCAGAUUGAAAUUUACAUCUGUGUGUGAUACAGUAUUAUAUUUGUCACCAUAGAAAGCAACAUCAGCAUAUAAAUUUAUAAUUUCUCUGAAAUUUGGAAAUGGUGGAAGAGGUAGAUAUUUUUAAAGUCAGAAUUUAUUCUCAAUGCAUCCCUGUUAUGACUACAUUAUCAUUAGCCUCUGUUGCAAUGAUGGAAAGAGGAACGAUCUUGAUGCAUGCAGCAUUGAUGUUAUGAUGUUAUUAUUACCUGUUGCUACAGAGAUGGAUAAAAAAAAAAAAAAAAAGAGCCAUGUGUAUGUUCGUGACGUAGCCUCAUAAUAGCUAAAGUUAUAUAUUAGCCAUUGCCGAGACAAUGAAAAGAUUAGCGUUUGUUCUUGACGCAACAUUGUUUCUCUCUCAUGACUUUAGCAUUCACCAGCCUCGGCUGCCCUGCUGCAAAGAUGAUACAUCGAUUCUCUGUAACAUAUACAUUUACUUUUAAAUUGGGUUUGUAUACUUGAUUGCAAUCAAAUGAUUUUACUAGUGUGUGAUUGGAAAUUUUUAUGUAAGAAUAUCAUGCGAGUUUUUAUUUUUUAACGUAGAUGUUUUAAGGCAUAAUUAAUUUAAGCUGUGAGAUGUGAGGUAGCAUAAGGGACACAUUGAUUGUAACACACUGGAAACUAUGAUUAAAAUUUUGCUUAACUUCCUUCUGAACUAAAUGGUUAGAAGAAAGAAGCAAAAUUUGAUCAAUGUAUUCAACUCUGGUUUAUUAAUAAUGAAAGAUUUUAGGCUUAGUUGAAAAGAUUAAAAAUAUACAGUAUUCACACAAUUUAACGACCUAUAUGGGGUUAUGCCCUUCUCCGUAAAUUAGGAUUGUUGCUAAAUCCAAAGUUGUUUAACGUUGGUAAUAUUUUGAGUCAUUUUUGGGUCCCUAAAUACUUUAUGAAAAUGAUGUAACUCCCUCCCACCCACCAACAUUUAUCUCUUCCUCCCCUCCACCUAUUAUUAUUCCUAACAAAGGUACAUCCACCAUAAAGGUACGUUUGUUAUUCCUAACAAAGGUACGUCAAUCCACACACACAUACAUCCCUUCCACACACAUUUGCAGAGGAAGAGACUAGUACAGUCUGACAGUCACUCCAGGGAAACUCAUAAGUACACUCCCAUACCCACUCUGUGAAAACAUUGUGGAAAUUAUUGGCGUAGCAAUAAUUAUUGUCGUUAUUGGGUUGCUGUGGCAACCCAAUAACGACUGCCUUGUUUACCCUGUGGAAAAUGUGUCAAUUGAAGCCAAUAUGUUGAUUCGGCAAAUGAGGAUCCAAAUACUCUUCUCAAAAUCAGUUAAGUACAGCGGGACAUUAAAUCAGAUGUAGUUAAAUUGGGUGAAUACUCUGUAUAUAUAUUAACCCUUUCACGUUUUUGCCCCUUACCAAUUUUGGGUGCUACCAAUGUCUUGGGCCAAACACAAAUCGCUUAGUGAUACUGUAUUUGACUUCCAUUGCAUACUGCAAAGUUACUAUGCAUGGUAGUGUUAAAUUUGGUAUUGCUUUUGAGCUAAAGAGUUGUACUUUAUGAAGAUGUUUUCAAAAAUGCAAUAAAAGUAAAAUAAAAUGACAAAGGCAAGUUAAAGUUAGCUGACAUGAUGGCAAAAAUGACGACUACAGUGGUCAUUGGAACGUUCUAGCGUUUUGAGCAAAUGAUGACUGUAGGCAUCACAAAAACGUUAACGGGUUAAUUGGAUAAAAGAUUAAAUUGUUUGAGAAU